GUUCCACGUUCCACUUUCUCUGAACCACUGCCAAGCAUUGAUUCAAAUUUAAAAAUGCAGCGGUUCCAAAGUUUCCUACUUUUCUUUAUCACUUGGGAGUUCAAUUCAGCCGUUCAAAUAAAUUACAUUAAAGUUCCAAGUGCGGUCAAGAAUGAUUCGGGGUCGCCGGUAAUUCUUGACUGUAAUUACUCGGUCAGACCUGACGACAGUGAAUUAGUAGUCAAAUGGUUGUUGAACGACGAAGUGGUUUACCAGUGGAUACCACCACAAAAACCACAGAGUUUAGGACGUCUGAAAAAUCGGGUUGAUUUGAAUUACAAAGCGACCGACGAUCCGAAAAGUGUUUACAGAGCCAUGAAAAUCUGGAAUCCUACGACGGAUAUUGCGGGGGAAUACCGAUGUUUCGUGUCGACGUUCGCUGAUGAAGAUUUUAGUGUAAAAAACAUGAUAGUUUUUGAACCCGAACGCUCUCUUGUUAUCUUGAAACAAGAAUUUAACUACCAAAGUGUUAAUUUCACUUGUUCCGCUAAUGAAGUCUAUCCAGCGCCGAAACUAAUUCUUUACAAGGACCGGACUGACGAUUUUUACAAUAAAAAUCCGCUCCAAACUCUUGAAUGGAACACUAGUCGGCAUCCGAACGGCCGAUUUUCUGUGUUUGUUGUGGCUCACGCAAUGGUGGAUUCUUUAGUUCCUGGAUCUUUAAUUCACUGCGAGUUGCGCAUUCCUGGCACUGGAUAUGUUAAGAAGCGAAGUUUGCUUUAUUAUCCCACUGCUCAAACAGGAUGUGGGAGAGCUUUAGAUAGUUGUAGCGCUCAACUCGUCUUGAUUCUGUCUUUACUGAUAUCUGCUUUCAGCAUCUAAUUGUGAAUAUUCUACUAUCAAAGUGAUUUACAUUUACA